AUGGAUGGCAGUGUUCAAAAAAGAUCCUCUAUGGGAUUCACGGAAUUCUCAUGGCGCUUCGCAGAGUUGUACAUCGUAAAGUUGGGCCAGCUCUGUCAGAUUCUUAUGUCAUUCAAAAUCUGUGCUUUGAAUCUGAUAACGAUGGUCCUGUUCGAAGUCGGUGUUUGUCUUCCGAUCCUCGGCCCUUACACCGUGUAUGUCUCUUCAUUGUUUCAAGUGAGUCAUUUAGGUCACUGUACAAACACAUUGUUUCUGGUUAAUAUAGUAAAAAUUAGAUUGUGAUUGCCAGUGCAUCUCUCUUUUUCAACUCGAACCCAUUGGAAGAAGAUCCAAUGCAUGAUGAAUGCAAGGCAUUGUCGUCAAGGACCAGCUUCACCUAUCUGUACAGCUGGCUAGGCACAAGUACAGGGAGUGUCCGUCUAAAUAUUGUCAUCAUCUGCCUAUCCACAACCCUCAUCCUUACCCAAUUAAUCAUCACAAUCAGGCAGAAACGACGACGGUCCUCAAAGCAUCUCGAAUCCCCUCAUCUACUUUUCCCAGAUGCUGAUUCGGCUGACGUUCUUCAUCAAGGGUUUUGUCUGGCAACCAAAUUCGGAUGCAAUUACUGGUUCUACAAGAUCGGACUUGAAUUAACCCUAUCAAUGAUGAGUUUGAAUGCGAUGCUGCGAAUGGACCUGUUAGGAUGUAUAUAUCUGACGAUGAUAAUCCCGUGUGCCUUGUUCAAUCGAAAAACGGCAAAGAUCCUUUGGCCUUUCUUCGUCAUGACGUUCGGGAUUUUAAUGUUUCUUCAGUAUGCCUUUACAGUUGGAAUGCCAGAAAGAGAUUGUUACAGUAGGUCAGAUCAAUCAAAAAUAAAAUUUUUUAGCAUAUCCAUGGGACCACAUCAUAAAUAUCAAAGAAUUCAACGAAAAUCUGGUGGACUUCUUGUCGCUCCCCAGUUCUGGUAGAUUCCACAGAAUUCCUAUCUUUUUCCGCAUGUCCAUCGACGCAAUUACCAUGAUGUUAAUGGCAAGCCAGGUAAUCAAAAAUACGUUAUAAAGAUUUCUUUAGGCGUACUGUUUCGAUUGUGAAUCAUCAGAUCAUCCCGCUGGCGAUAAUGCUUCGGAUGAAUAUUACACCCUCGAGGGAAUAGUUCAUUCGCCUCCUGAAGAUAACUACAUUUCUCAUCCAAAGUAAGUCGAGUUAUUGACUACAUCAGACUUUUAGAAGCUCCUUUGAUUAUUUGAAGAUCUUCGUGGUUACAGCCCUCCACUGGAUUGCUUUGGUAUCCUUUCUUAUCGCCGGUCUAGGUGGAAGAUCCAUCUUUAAUAUUGGAUAUCUGAUCGGUGCUUUUAUUGUGUUAUGGCAAGGCAAUUCAAUCUACAGAGUAGCGACAUUGAGAAGGACCGUCAUCCAAUGGAAAUUAAUGCUUGGUUUCAAUUUAAUCACCAUGUUUAUGAAGAUUUCCAUCCAAAUAUUGGCAUGUGGGUAUUUUUUCGAGAUUCAGAACAAUUGUAAUCUGCGUCAAUGGAUGAAUGUCAUCUGUUCUUCAACUGAAUCCAUCAGCAGAAUUGAGAGAUGGAGAAAUUCCGAGGGAGGGCCAGAGACAUGUUCUCUCAAAAAUCUUCACAAUGAAUUGCCAGUAGAUGUGUGCGCUUUUAUUCUGCUUCUAUUGAAUCUUCGACUUCUCAACUCCAAGAUCUUUAAGUGGCGGAUUCUUGAGAUUUACUGCGAAGAAAUCCAAGCGAACAGGUAAGUUGGAUAUCAUUAUUAAAAUAAUGAUAUAAGGAUGGUGACAUACGCAUCAAAUCGGGUGUCGUGGCCAGAAACCGCGAUUUCUUGUCUGUUAGGCCUCUCCUCUAGACAAGAAAUGCGUAAUUCUUUUCUCAAAUUGCGUAACAUUACGCAAAUUUCUGCAGUCUCCCCGUGGAGAUUUCUUUCUUUUUUUCUCUGCUCACAAGUCAGACAAGAAUUGCGCAUUUCUUGCCUAGAGGCCUAGCAGACAAGAAAUCGCGGUUUCUGACCAUGACACCCGAUUUGAUGCGUAUGUCACCAUCCUUAUAUCCGUUGACUAUUUCAGUGGUGCCAUCCUAAUCAAUCAGCUAAUCAGUAAAGAAGUCCAUGACCAAUAUGAGAAGCAAGUUCGUACUCUAAAACAGAUUGCAAAAAGGGCGGCCGAAUUAAAGAACAAUAACGACGGUGGAUACAACUUUAAGCCACAAACAUACCCUCAAGGUGAGCAAAAAAAUAAUUGGAUUACCGUUUUUAGCAAUACAUUCCGGUGACUACUAUAUGUUUGCCUACGAACCUUAUCAAGACGACCUCAACGAGGACAGCGAGCUUUUUAUUAGACUUGAUGGGGGAGACACCCCAGAAGACAAAGCCAAGCUCACCCCCAUCCAGGUCAUUUUUGCCUUCCUGGCUCAAGGACUUGACUUUGAAGAGACUCUGAAAGCCAUAGAGAAUGCGGAAAGUAUACAUGAUGAAGAACUUCGUAUGUUGGAAGCUGUGAAAAAAGAACCCAAAGAAAACAGUGACGAAUUGCUGUCCUCUGAUUCGAUGGAAUCUUUCAGACAGAAAAGGAGACAAUUACGAGACGAAUAUGUGUCAGAACAAACGACGAAGCACAAAAAAACAUUCAAAGGUAUGAUCUGAAUGGUUUCUUGUGCUUCAAUUGUACCAUUUUCAGAAAAAUUGAAAUGGAUGGGAAAGUUCAUCGCCAAACUAUUUAGUGCCAUCAUCCAUCAUCUUUCGUGCUUUCUGAGGAAACAUUCCCGCCAACAGCGAUAUGUAACAUUUGUUUUGGGGAAAGAGAAGAUUAAACUCAAGUCAAGAAUCUUAGAAGAGGUAAAAUUAAAAUUAAAUUUAGAAAUUACAGUAUCCCGUUGUAUCUAAUAGAGAUUACAGCUUAGAGAGAUUGGAGAGAUCACGACAAUGCCUUGCUAUCCUGUUAUAUUUGCUGUUAACGAUGUAGAACAAGUUCAAAGAGAAGCCCGAGAAGCCGAGAAUUUGGUCCCUCCGUUCUGUCGCUUCCUUUUAGCCGUGUACAACUAUAUCACUGCCAACACAGACAACCUGUGCUUCAUCUUGGCUACCCUCACCCAUACACUUGGAGGAGGUGCCAUCACAAUGCCCUUGCCGAUUAUGGUCUUCUUCUGGGGAGUAUUGUCAAAUCCCCGCCCAGAGAAGACAUUCUGGAUUUGCAUGAUGAUAUACACUCAACUCAUCAUUGUCAUAAAAUGCUGUGCUCAGAUUGCUGAAUUCAAUUUGUUUUCCUUCAAUUUAUUCGAUCGGCAGUUCACUGAAGACGACGUUCGCUCGUAUCUUGGACUCCAGAAUGAAAAGAGUUUUGCCAUGUGCGACAUGGCCUUAUUACUCUUCCUUUUCUUCCACAGAUAUAUGUUACAACGGCUAGGAUUGUGGAAGAAUUCAUUAAGCAAGAUCGUCAACAGAAGCGAGGUAAAUGAGCCCUCGAGAAUAGAGGUGGCAAUCGGGAUGGGCCGGCCCGGCCCGGCCGGGCCCGGGCCGGGCCUGAGCAGAUUUGAAAAAGCCCUGGGCCGGCCUGACCGUUUCGGCCCGCGGGCCGGGCCGACACUUUCGGCCCGGCCCGGCCCGGAAGGUAGAUAAGUAAAAAAUUUUUAAUGCGAAACCAGCAAAAUAAAGCACAAAAUUAGAUUAAACUUUUUUUUACUUAUACGCUGUUUUACUACCUUUUAAAAUUAUGUAUAUGUAUAUGUAACUUAUUAUGUACAUAUAUGUAAAAUCCCACCCAAAUAUGCAAGGGUCGGGCAAAAAUCUUUGAAUUUUUUUAUGAUAAAUUUAAAAAUUUCACUGUAAUUUUGAUUCCUUGACGUAAAUGGAAGUGUUUAAACAGUUUUUGGUUAACCAUGUACCUUAUAACGUCCAUACUUUUAUAUAGCCAACUUCCUAUAGGAUUAAAAAUUCAACACAAUCCAACUUUUUGGCUAGGUUUUAGCUACCUGUACAGAUGUUCCAGUCAUCCGACUAGACUUUUUAAUUUCACGCAGACACACGUAAAAACCUUCUUGAAAGCAUAAGAACUUCCAGUAGAAAGUGCAAAGACUUUUAUCCAACUUUUCUGUAUUAGCGGGCCAAACCGGGCCGGGCCGGGCCGGCCUGGGCUUUCAUCGGGCCGGGCCGGGCCGGGCCUGAGCAAAUUUGAAAAAGCCCUGGGCCGGCCUGGUCACUUCGGCCCGCGGGCCGGGCCGCAAAAUUCGGCCCGGCCCGGCCCGAUUGCCACCUCUACUCGAGAAGUCCUUUGCUACCUUACAGAUUAAUUUAUUUCUCUAUUUUCAGUCUAUGGAGGAUGAAGAAUAUAACUGUUGCAUCCAGUUCUUCCAAAACGUCAUCAACCCGAAGAAGCGCUUCAUCGGCGACAUGUAUUCCGUUUGUUUCCUUCUGGAUUUGCUUUGUGUUUCGAUUGUUUUAUUCGGAUAUUCUUCAUUUGCUGAUACUAGUACUGAUGGUAUCCCUCUUUUCCACGUAAGUCAAUCUCUCCUUGCAUCUAUCUCCAUAGACAUCCCGCAUUCCUCUGUCAUUGGUCAUUACUAUAAUUGCCUUCAUCUUCCUCAUAAUCAUUGAUCGGGCAUUAUAUUUGAGGAAAUUGGUCUUACUCAAGCUGAUCUAUCACAUGAUUGUAGUCGUCGCUCUUCAUGUCUGGAUUUUCUUUGUGAUUCCUUAUACAUCGAGAACGUAUGUGAAAAUAUUUAAAACUAAUUUAAUUCUUGCAGAAGCCUCCCUAAGAAUAUUUUGGCCCAGGUUUUUUACAUGGCCAAAUGCAUAAAUCUUCUUCUUUCCGGAUGGCAAAUCAGGAAUGGGUACCCACCGUUGUGUACUGGUGGUCUACUCACCCAGAACUUUGGAUUAAUAAGUUCUGUUUUAUACAAGGGCUUUAUGAACUUACCGUUUGCCUUUGAACUUCGGUCGGCUAUUGAUUGGACAUGGACUGACACGGCCAUGAGUCUGUUCGACUUCAUAAAGUUCGAGAUCUUCUUCUCCAACGUCUACAUGGUCAAAUGUGCUCGUCAAAUGGAACAAGUAAGAACUGAACUGGAUUAUAAAUAGCCGUUUGCAAUCAAUUACAUCCGCCCAUUUAGAACUUCCCAACACCCCGAGGCCAAAAGAAGGCGAUGACGGCCAAGCAUACCUUGGGGGUCCCGGUCAUCUUUCUCUUGGUUAUUGUCAUCCUGUCUCCCAUCUUGGUGUUCUCCUUGCUUAAUUCCAUCGGUCAAUCGUAUGCUCCCCUGAAAAUGAAAAUUGAACUUUCCUUCGAAACUCUUCCCGUAAGUCUCUCGAAUUUAUUUUAUAUUUUUUUAGCCCUUCUACGAAUCGGUAAUCGAAAAGUUUGAACAUAUAUUGGUGGAGGAUAGGAUUACCCUCACCCAAUCGUAUGUUUUACUCGAGAAUGAUAAACACUACGAUGGAAAGAAGGCUCGGCUCGCUCUCACUUUCCUCAACGAAUUCUACGAUCAAGACAUUUAUGUAAGAAAUUAUUAGGGUUGUUAAGUCGUCAACUUGACGUGCCACUUAUACGGUUCGGACGGGGUAUAUUUUAACCUCACGUGUUAAAGCUUUGUAAGUCGGAAUUUUCCAAAAUGACGGAAAUCUGACGUCAUUUUGAAAAUUUUUGUUUUCACACUUCGGUUCUACAAUACUUGCGAAGUGUCACCGUUUGGCCUACUAAUCUUUGAAAAACUGUUUUUUAUUUUUCAGAAGAUCUCCUUCAAUGAAUUUUCUGUUUCGCCUUGGAACGUCUCACCGGGAGCUUUACGUGUUUUGUAUCAAGAUCUCUUACUUGGAAAUAGAUCCGAGAUGAAUGUGAAGAUGGUAUUGGAAAGAGGAAGUUACAAAGACUCCGACAUAGCCAUCAAAACCCAUGUUAUUGAGUAUAAAAUCAGUCUUGAAGGUGAAGUUCUGUCCAGCUUGACGGCACUUGUGAACAAAACCUUCAUUCCCAAUGUCAACGUGGAAGAAAACAUGAUGAUUCCCUUUGCCAUUCCUUAUUACAUUCUGUUGCCUUCAACAGAUAAGAUUGAAGUGGCCGAUUCAAUGCUGAAAGUGGUCUCGAAUGCCACGGAUUCCAAAAACAAAUUCCAGGAUACCUUUGGUCGUCUGAAUUUGACUUUAUCUGGGGGAAUUGUAAGAAAAGAUAAUAUAUUUGAUGACCUUAUAAAUUCCAGGAGCAAGGAGGAUUUUAUUGGAAGUUACAAGUAUUCAGGGCUGACAGUAUAUCACACGUGACCCUUCCUGAGCCGGACUGCGAUAUGAUUAUAUUUAUGGAUCGAAUGUUUCCCACUUGGCUGCUCCAUUUCUCCUCUGCCAGGUAUUCAUAUACAGGCGAAGAGUCCGCUUUUCCGAAGGGUCCGUCGGCCGAAGAGUCCCGCUUUUCCAAAAGAUGCUUAUAUGAUGAAAAGUCCACCUGAUUUUUUCAAAGUGGGAGGUGGUGAUUUGUCAUUCUAUGUGUACCUUUCAUUUUGAAAAUUCAAAAAGCAGGGCUCUUCGGUUUGAGACUUCAAACCGAUGGGUGUGAGGUGCACUGUUCGGAUCCAACCGGCCGUUUUUGGAUUAUUCGGUCUCAAUCUAGUAUUAUAUAUAAUAUGAUCAUUGUUAUUCAUUUAGUAUUAUUCCGAUGUACCUGGCCGUUGUAGUCGUUGCAUUCAAAUUCGUGCGUGCCUUUAUAUUCGCUGACCCUCUGAGAGCCAUAAUCAAAGAAAUGCCGAAUCCGGACCCUGUUCUCAAGAUCUUGCUGGACGUUUAUUUGGUUCGAGAAGCCCAGGAUUUCUUACUUGAAGAGGUGGGUGGUCGCAUGUCUUAUACUUAUCCAAAUUUUUAGGAACUGUUUGCGAAGAUUAUCUUCCUCUUCCGAUCCCCUGGAACCCUCAUCAAAUGGACUCGUUUUAAGAUAAAAAAAGAAUGA